CCCGCCUCCCGUCGGGGCUCGGCCGGGCGCGGCGGCGGGGCCCCGGGCGAUGGCCGCAGAGCUGGCGAUGGGCGCCGAGCUGCCCAGCAGCCCGCUGGCCAUAGAGUACGUCAACGACUUCGACCUGAUGAAGUUCGAGGUGAAGAAGGAGCCGCCCGAGGCCGAGCGCUUCUGCCACCGCCUGCCGCCCGGCUCGCUGUCCUCGACGCCGCUCAGCACGCCCUGCUCCUCUGUGCCCUCCUCGCCCAGCUUCUGCGCGCCCAGCCCGGGCACCGGCGGCGGCGGCGCGGGGAGCGGCGGCGGCGCGGCGCAGACCGGGGUCCCCCCGGGGCCGGCGAGCGGGGGCCCCGGUGCCAUCGGGGGCGCCUCGGGGAAGCCGGCGCUGGAGGAUUUGUACUGGAUGAGCGGCUACCAGCACCACCUGAACCCGGAGGCGCUCAACCUGACGCCUGAGGACGCGGUGGAGGCGCUCAUCGGCAGCGGCCACCACGCGGGGCAUCACGGCGCGCACCACCCGGCGGCCGCCGCGGCUUACGAGGCCUUCCGGGGCCAGGGCUUUGCGGGCGGCGGCGGCGCGGACGACAUGGGCGCCGGCCACCACCAUGGCUCGCACCACGCCCCCCACCACCACCAUGCCGCCCACCACCACCACCACCACCACCACGGCGGCGGGGGCCACCACGGCGGCGCGGGCCACGGCGGCGGCGGCGCGGGCCACCACGUGCGCCUGGAGGAGCGCUUCUCCGACGACCAGCUGGUGUCCAUGUCGGUGCGGGAGCUGAACCGGCAGCUCCGCGGCUGCAGUAAGGAGGAGGUCAUCCGGCUGAAGCAGAAGCGGCGCACGCUCAAGAACCGCGGCUACGCGCAGUCGUGCCGCUUCAAGCGGGUGCAGCAGCGGCACAUUCUGGAGAGCGAGAAGUGCCAGCUCCAGAGCCAGGUGGAGCAGCUGAAGCUGGAGGUGGGGCGCCUGGCCAAGGAGCGGGACCUGUAUAAGGAGAAAUACGAGAAGCUGGCGGGCCGGGGUGGCCCCGGGGGCGCGGGCGGGGCCGGCUUCCCGCGGGAGUCCUCGCCGCCGCAGGUCGGCCCCGGCGGGGCCAAGGGCGCGCCCGACUUCUUCCUGUGAGCGCCGCACCGAGCCCGCGCCGCCGCCGGGAGGAGGCUCGGACUCCGCGGCCCAGGACGAGGCCGUAAGCCCGGGCCGGCCCUGCGCGCCCCGCUGCCGCGUCUGCCGGCGCCAGACUGGAGACCCUUCCCGCGGCGCGGUCUCCGCGCUCCGGCCCGAGCCCGUCCUGCCGCCGCUGCGGCUCCUCUGCGCGGGGCGCGGGACUUCCAGGAAAGCUGGGCCGGGUCGAACUUUCUUGCGGCCUCCGCUUGUACAUACGUCGGACGCGGUUCCCGACUCCGACGCGUCCCGCCCUCCUGGGUUUCCUUUCUUUCUGCCUCCCUUCCUUGCCCGUUUUUACUCCUCCUUUUUAAAGCCGUCUUAUUUUCGAAGCAUUUAUAUUUAUUUUGCUCGGCGAUUAGAAAAGAAAACCCCGGAGGAAACUCCCUCCUUCCUGGCCGGGGUCGCCCUCGGACGUCGCGUGUCCCAGCAUGUCCCGGCCCCUGCCCGCCCUCCUGCCCGCCUGCCCCCCACCCUGCCACCGGCGUCCCCCCGAGAUCGAAGCCCAGGAACAUUAUCUAUGCUGAGUUCAGUCCUGCUGCUCUACUGUACUCGUGGGGGGAGGGGGGGGCCGGUUGGGACUCCCGUGCUGCUAUUUCUCUAUGCACCAGAUCGUAUUUAUGACUCCCCGGGAAAUAUAUCUUAUUUUAACCUUCAAGAAAAGUGAAAGAAAAAAAAAGCAAUGCACAAUAUUUCUAGCAGAAAAAGAAAAAAAAAUUUAAGAGGAGGUUUUGGCUUGAACCUCCUGGCAUGGGGGUGGGUGAAGAAAGUGUUUUUAAUUUAAUUUAAAUUGUUUCGUUUUGUUUGUGCAAUCUUUUUUCAAAGCCUGAGUGCUUUUUGGACUAGCCGGGAAAGCCAGUGAGAGGCCGGUGCUCCGGCCGCUGCGAGCCCACCAGGGCCCCAGGCUCCAGCAGGGCUGCAUUCCCCCUCCCUGCUCCUGCUAAGCGCUCUGAGCAGGAGACAGCAGCUUGUUGAAAGUUUUGUUGUGUUGGGUUUUGUUGGGUUCUUUUUUCAUUUGCUGCAAAAUUGAGGAAAGAAAAAAAACGUAAACAAAAUAAAUCCGUUUAGAUGCAAAAGUCACUGGAACCUGGCUGGUUUUUCUGUGGCUUUCGUUUUUACCAUAUUUCUCCCUGAAUAGAAAGAAAAGGAGGUCCCUCAACUGGGCUCUUCCUUUGCUCUGCGGGACCCUCCUGGGCCAACCGGGAGAACUGGCCAGCGUUGUAGACGAGGCCGCUGUCAGCUGGCCGGACCCCGCGGGCACCCCUGCUACCUUCCAGGGCUGCUCCUCGGGGAGGAGGGGCGGCACAGGGUGGCCCCAGGCUCCCACCAAGGCAGGAUGGGGGGCACAGGGCAUGAGGCUGUCCAUGGUGGUGACCCCACGUGCAGCGCCGUUGCAUCCUGGUGGCAAACACUGUCUCCAGCUCCUCUGAGCCCGCAGUCUCCCAUGUGAAGGGGUGGCCUCUGUCUCUGGACUUUGGGGCACCCGGGAGGGGCGGCAUCUCUGGAUACGUCGCCUGACAGGGGCCCAGGUGGUCGCAGGAUCUAGCUGACUGUCACUGCCCUUCAUGACGGGCUGGAGUCCGGUGAAGGUCCAUCGUUUGCACAUUUGCUGAGAAGAGCUCGGCCGGCCUCGUCAGGGCUCCCCCGGCUCUUCUUGGCGGAGAGGGCUGUGCAGCUUCUCUAUCUGGGGACAGCAGAGGUUCCUGGGGCUGGGACAGCUGCAGUUCCCCAUGACUGCAUCCCCUGAGUUUGUUUAGUGCCCCCUCUCCUUUGCUUUAGAGUAAAACUUAUGGCCAGAAGGUUGGGUCUCGGAGGGGGUUUGAGCAAAACUCCCCAAUCCUGGGGCUGAGACCUCCAGCCCCCAGGAGGGGAGCGAGCUGCCUGGCGUCUCUGCAGCCGAAUGCAGGUGCAGAGACAAGCAGAAAUGUGGGGGUGGAGGAUGAGUUAAAGGGACUAAUUCGGGAGGCUGCAGUGUGACAAGAGGGAUCCUGGCCCAGCAAGUCCCAGCCAACCUCAGGACGGCGGGCCCCCACCACUCCGACCACCACUGCUCAGACCACGAGGAUCGCCACCGGCCUGGCAUCCUUCCACAGAGCCUGGGUGCAUGUGCUGGCGGUCCGCUGGCUUGUUUCUGACGACACCUUAGUUUUCGCUGUGGCCACCUGGGGGGAGGCUCAGGAGCCUUGUUCCUGACAGAGGACGCAGGACUGAGGGCCGGGCAGCCUGGCUCAGAGACUGUCUUUUUGGGGAAGGGAUGGUGGGCAGGGAGCUGUGCUCCCCCCCUCCCUCUGGUGCCCCAGGUCUCCCAGAGCCCAGCACUCUGGGGCAUGGACCGGGAGCUGGGGCCCGGGAGGGAGCUCGGGAAGCGGGGC